CCGUUUGGGAGAGCUGCGCGUGGAUCCCUGUCCUCGCGCAGCAGCAGCAGCAGCAGCAGCAGCUGGGAGUCUGCAGGAAGCCAGGCUGCUUCUCAUCAAGGUCUGGAUGGCAGGGACACACUGGUGCACAGACCUUCGUAACAACAAGGAUCACUGGCUCCAAGUGUUCUUUGGUCCGUGGGACGGAUGAACGGUGGAAGUUGUUGGAAGCCCGGCUGGGCUGUCGCUGCUCUGUUUGUCCCCGCUGCUCUGUUGAUGCUCACCUCCAGGGGAGCGUCAAGCAGCCAGAAGAUGACACAAACCUCCAUUGCUCAUGCAACGGCUACAGCUGCGGGACCAGGCCCCAGUCUGGCAGAUGACCUCCCGGGCCUGCAGGCGGUCGCAGACUUUUUCACCAGUGAGCACACGCAUGUAUGGCUCCUGUCCCUGGUGGGCUCAUUCGCUGUGGGACUCAGUGGGGUUUUCCCCCUGCUUGUUAUUCCUUUUGAAGCAAGAGCUUCCCUCAAAACUGAAGCUGGAUGCCAGAAGCUGAAGCAGCUCUUGAGCUUUGCCAUUGGUGGUCUCCUAGGUGAUGUGUUUCUUCACCUCCUUCCUGAGGCGUGGGCGCUCUCUGGCCCUCAAGCUAGUAAACACAACCACUACAUGACCCAGGGCCUGUGGGUAAUCAUCGGUUUGGUUGCCUUUCACCUGCUGGAGAAAAUGUUUCCAGAUGAAGACGGCCUCGAGGAUGGCACUCCAGAUUCAGACCUGAAUUUUAAUCUGUCUUCAAAUUCAGCGUUAAGCGUCAAAGCGGAGGCAUCACUCAGAAACGGACACCAUGCUGAGUCAUGGAAAUCCUUCAAGCGUCAGAGUCUGCACGACGGCUCAGAGAAAAUUAAGACAAGUGGCUACCUAAACCUUCUGGCCAACUGCAUUGACAACUUCACCCAUGGCCUGGCAGUAGCUGGGAGUUUCUUGGUGAGCAAAAAGGUUGGGUUCCUCACCACCUUUGCGAUCCUGCUCCACGAAAUCCCUCAUGAGGUGGGAGACUUUGCCAUUCUGCUGCGAGCCGGGUUCGAUCACUGGAGUGCCGCCCGGAUGCAGCUGUCUACAGCCCUGGUUGGGGUCGUAGGAGCUUGUUUUGCCCUCUGUGCUCAGUCACCACAAGGCGCAGAAAGCUCACCAAGCUGGAUUCUGCCUUUCACUGCCGGGGGCUUCCUCUACAUUGCCUUGGUUACUGUUGUGCCUGACUUGCUGCAGGAGUCCAGUUUAAGACACUCCUUGUUGCAAAUACUGCUCAUCUUCUGUGGGGUGGGUACCAUGGCUUUGCUCUCAGCCAUUGUUGAGUGAACAUGGAAGGAGACAAGCCGCUUGCCUUAACAAACACUACUACUGGAGAUAAAUCGUCCUCUGCACCAGCCUCUUAUUCAGGGAAACAUUAUCCUGAUGGGGAGGCUUUAAGAGAUCUCUGGCUUCUCUGUAAUGGAACACUAAAGCAAAUAUCUGUCAAAGAUCGGCACUUUAUAUAGGGAUGACUGAAAGGAAGACUGUCUUAAUAGGAAGACAGGACGGUAGUAUGCGGACACUUUGAAAUGUGCCAUACUUGAUUCUUAAGGACCCAAAAAAGAACUUUUGUAUGGAAAUCUGUUACCAAAUUGUCUUUAAGACAAUCAUGAUGCUUUGCACAUACAUUCACAACCAGGUACAAUCUCAUUUUAGCAAACACAAUAACUUUGGUUCUCAACACGAGGCGUUUCUCAACCCAGAGCACGGAUGUUUCUCUGUUUUUUUUAAAUGUGUGUGUUUUGUCACUGCUGUUAGCCGUCAAUUUGUCAUGUAGCUUCUGAAUACUCAUUUGAAAAUGAAGACUUGUUUCAUCACCCUUUUAUUUUUCAGUGUUGUGUUGAGGAAACAAAAGUGGCCAUUGGUGAGAAUAAUCAGUUACUAGUGUUAAAUCCUACCAAAGUGCAUUUUGCCUGUUUGCCUUCCACAGUGUCGUCUGCACCUUUUUGAGCUUCAGCUCGUCGUACAGCUUUCAACAUGAAGAACAGUUUGUAUUAACGUUUAACAAAAAUGCUUUGAAGCUAUUUGUUAAAAUUUAGAAUUGGAGUUAUUUUUGUUACUAAUCAUUGGGAGACUAGAUGCAGUAUUUGGACAGUUAACAAGAGAUGAUACGUGUUUUAAAAGACUUUUUGAAGAAAUAAACUUACAUUUUAGACAA